AUGGACGCACAGAACUUAGCGAAUGCACAGCAAACUGGACAACCAAACCCAGAGAAUAUUCCAAAUGAAGUUAGAAUACAAACUGCAAUGGCAAACUAUGGUCAAGUGCCAACAGAUGUACAAAUGCAAACUGCCAUGUCAAAUGACGCUGCGUUAGGUUUGCCACCAUGGUAUGCAAAUAUGAGAUGGAAAGAGUUUUAUACAAACCCUGAAGUCGGAUAUAAACAACUUUAUGCAGAUGACGCGAACACAGGAGUUGACCCAGAAUAUGUUUUCUACUAG